CAAAGUAAUCAUAGUGGGACUUGAUAAUGCUGGAAAGACUACUAUUCUUUACCAAUUCUUAAUGAAUGAAGUGGUUCAUACUUCUCCAACCAUAGGAAGCAAUGUAGAAGAAAUAGUGGUGAAAAACACUCAUUUCUUAAUGUGGGACAUUGGAGGACAAGAAUCGUUAAGGUCAUCAUGGAAUACCUAUUAUUCAAACACAGAGUUCAUCAUUCUUGUUGUUGACAGCAUUGAUAGAGAGCGACUUUCUAUUACAAAAGAAGAACUUUAUAGAAUGCUGGCUCAUGAGGAUUUACGGAAGGCUGCAGUUCUCAUCUUUGCAAACAAGCAGGACAUGAAAGGUUGCAUGACAGCUGCAGAGAUCUCUACAUACCUCACUCUUAGCUCCAUAAAGGAUCACCCGUGGCACAUUCAGUCCUGUUGUGCCUUGACAGGAGAAGGAUUAUGCCAAGGCUUGGAGUGGAUGACCUCCCGUAUUGGAGUGAGAUAGCUUUUCCCCCCUCCCACAAAAAGAAGAGACUUCUAUUUAUCCUGUGAACAUGUACAUUUUUCUGUACUUCUGGCUGCUGAGGCAGUGACCAUGUUUAAUUUAUAUCAGCCAACCCCCAAACUGUACUUGAAUCAAGUGCAGUUGAACUGAAACACAAAGUAUUUUCUUAACUUUUUUUAAUACACUAAUCUUCAACUGGAUGAACAUAUGUGAAUCUGUUUUUAAGCAUUGAAAUUUCUCUGAAUAUGUAUUCUAACUUUUUCAAUGAUAGCUUUUUAAAAUCUGUUUUGUCAUUGUCAAUAUUUCAUACUUCCUCUUUUUAAAUAGUUUCUAUAACUUACUAUCAUAAAUGAGUGCAGCUUGUUUAAUAAUGAAAAAGUAGUGAGUAAGUUGACUUUACUCUGGCAUAGUUUAGCCUCUAAGGAUAAUCAUAUCUCCAGCUGGGCUUCCUGGAACAUCAGUAGAGUUCUAGCCAGCAUGGGAGUUAAUAGUUAUGAAUGAAAGUUCUUAAAUUCUGAACGAGUUAAUUAUAGUUAGUAUUGUGGUGGCUUUUAACCUGGUAUAUAAUUGAACUUCUGCCUUAAAAAAAAAAAAUCUAUGUCAUUCUCAAUUUCUCUGGUAAGUAGUUCUAGGAUAUGAUUCUUUUUCUUUGACUUGAAAAUACAUCUCUGUACAGUGGAUAAAUAUUUUGUUAUUAAGUGGUGGUUUAGUCAUCUAGAACUUGAAUACCUUUUUAGAAAUAAACUUCUUGAUAACUAAAUUUGAAAUCACGGCAGCCAGUGUUACGUGUAGACUUGCUGUAAUCUGUUAAAAUUUUAAAUACUGUACACAUAAACCUUCCUCACCUUUUGGUGAGAAUGCUAUUUUCUAAAUGAAUGCAAAAUCAAAAGGGAAGCCAGAUUUAUAAACAGAACAAAAUCAUGGUGCUGUAUCUGUAGACUUCAGAGUGAAGCUAAUCUUGACAUUUAUUCACCUACUAUCAUAUAUGUUUUCAGACUCUGUUGCACAGAAAAUAUUUUGCCUUAAAUUUGUUUUUAGUCUUAUUUGCAGGAGAGAAC